CUCUGGCCCGAGGCCGCUGGCGGCACAGGUGGCCCUGAUGAGCAGGACGCGUCCGGCGCGGGGCUCGCCGCCGGGAGGGGCUUUAACCGGGCCGGGCCGGGGUGCCGCGGCCGAGCCAGCAUGGACGGGGUGGGCGCGGAGGAGGAGCAGGCUCCCGAAGGGCUAGGGUGUGAGUGCCAUAAGGAUACAUCACUGAACACCAGGGCCUGUGUGGGAGAUGCUGAUGCUGCCAGUAGUUGUGGUACAGGCAGCAGUGCGCUGUCUGCAAGUCAAAGCACAACCGCAAAGGAAGAAGGUGAAGAUACCUUGGUAAGAGAAGACGGGAUCAGCCACAGCAGAAGUGGAAUGUGCACUGAGAAGGCAUCUGGUGGGGUUCCUGGAGACCUCUACAAGAAGGAUGUGUGUGGCCCAGCUGCUUGCCAGUUGUUCAGAUGUGCUUCAGCCAACACUGCAACUCAGCAACCCUACAAGGUGUCUUCAGUCCUGAAAGCUGGAAGUAGCCACUAUCGGACCAAGGGGAAAAAAUUGUUACUUGAGAAUCCAGAAAUUUUGCCACGGGUCAGGAAGAAGACACGGACCUUGUACACUGCAGAGCAGUUGAAAGAGCUGGAGAAGAUGUUCCAAGAGGACCACUACCCUGACAAUGAGAAGAGGAGAGAGAUAGCUGCUGUGGUUGGUGUAACUCCACAGCGGAUCAUGAUCUGGUUCCAGAAUCGCAGAGCAAAGUGGCGAAAAGUAGAGAAGUGGAAGAUGAGGAACAACAACAGUAGCAAAUGUCCAACAUCAUCAGUUAUGUCCAUGCCUUUUGGGACAGAUGGUUAUGGGGAACCUCCACUGCCUGGCAUUGCUCAUGAUGGGUCUGCCAUGCUGAGUGCAGACACUUGCCCUGGGAGCUACUCCAGCCAGCUCAGUGGACAUCCUGCACCACUUGCCUCUUCCUCAGACUCCUUGGUGGCAGACAUGGUGGCAUCCUGUGAAGCAGUUCAGACCAAGGCUUUAGCUGAGUGCAGCUUCAGCUCUAGCAGAAUGGAAUGCUGCCCCAACCUUCCCAGUCCUCCACCCAUCCGCAGAGCCAGCCUGCCCCUCAGCUUGGCCUUCAACCCACACAGUCACAUUGUUCCCUUGAUGCUGGACACUCCCAGCAGUGAGUGCAGCCUGUCUAGGCAGGAAAACGACGCCAGGGAGGCCUUCAGUUAUAGCAUCCAAAAUCAAGGCUUGAGUUCCCCAACCAGCUGCACUUACCCUGAGCAGCUGGAGUCAGUAGACAACUUAGAAAGCUCCUACUGUCAGUACAGCAGCCAGAGUGGAAAUUUCCAGCUGCCCCAGUAUUCUCAGCAGCACCAGCUCUCUCGGGUCCACCCUCUGCCAAGCCACGUGCCCAGCAAUGCGCUCUCCAGUAUCCAGCUCUCUCCUGCAGUAUCCAGUGAGUCUCAUACAGCUUUUCUCAACUUCCCUGAGAGCAGUGGAGCUGUAAGCUACGGGGCAGCGGCAGCCACACAAGACUAUGCACAAGCUUACACUGCAGGAGAGCUCCUGCUACAGCAGCCAUGUGGGAACUCAGCAGACAUCCCUGCCCAUCAAGCUGUCCCCUGGAAUGAUUUCUACAUGCAGGAGGCUCCCUUCUCCAACCAGCCAUGCUCACAGGUGCCAUUUGCUAGCACAGCAGGACACCACUUCUCAGAGCACAUUUCCUAUACUCAGGCACCUUGCCUGCCGUCAUCUCUUUAUUUUCAAGUUCCCAAAGGAAUGACACAGGAAUGCAUGCCACAUGCUGGAAAACGAGAGGAGGUGACAUCAGCAGAGCAAAAUUCAUACCAGAACCACCAACCAGAGACAUUGCUUGCUGAAAGAGAGGAAGCAGAGAGCAGUAGCGAAGAGGGAGAGGCUGUUGUUGGUAACUGAAAGGCCAGCUGAUUAAUUUUGAAGAUGGGGGGGAUAAGGAAAGACUUCCAAGAGCAAAACUGUGGCAUGAAUGGGAAUGGAAUUUGUUUUCUUUUCUGAGUGGCUGCCUGAGUCUGAUUAUCCUAGAGCUCCAUUUUUACCUUUACCUGCUUUUAUGAAUGGGAACUUCAAGGGCAGUACAAGAGAUGGCAAAGUUCUGUCCUCUGCCAGACCUCUUCUGCUGUGAGCUGGGUGGGUUCUCACUGCUGAUUAUUUCUGAGCUUUCCAGAGGCAGAACUUCUUGAGUGAGAAGAGAGGAAAGGGAAAGAGAACUUCCUAUUUGGAUUUCCAGUUUCAGCCUUUUCUUUUGGAAACAAAACUGCCUGGUGCUAGAUUGGUGAGAUCCUCAC